UUGUCAAAUCAGUGUAAAAAAAUAUUAAAGUAUUAUUGUGUAAAUUGUGUAAUAAUAUUUAAUUUAAAAAAUAAGUGAGUAAAAUGGAAGCUACAAUACUGAGGUAAAUUUGAAAAUAUAAGUGGUAAAUCAGAUGCCGAGAGUGAUGACGUCGAAAGAAGACAAUGUAACCUUAAAAGUGCUAAAAGUAUACAGAAACAAACAUUGUCGUCUUAUUGUUUUGUCGUUUUUCUUAAAGUUUUGAUAUGUCUCAUUUCGGUGACUUCAUGGACGGCGUUCCCGUUAAAAUAUCAGAAAAAUAUAAAAGGCCACCACGAAUCGAAUUGCCUUAUAAUGUUACCGAGUGUCCUUUACGGGCGCAAAGCGUUGUAAAUGCUGUCAAAUACUGUUCUACAUUUGAACGUAAUGUACUUUCUAAACUCAGAGAACUAAGGAGUGCAAAAGAAACGAAAAAAAAUGAGAGACGCCAUCGCUUACAAUUGUUAGAGGAAGCAAAACAAAAAAAAUUAGAUGCAAUAGCAACUGCUGAGGCUGAAGAGAAGUUGAAACAAUUAAGUGUAUCUGAGGUGUCCUAUCCCAGUACCGAUGAGAUAAGUGCUAUGUCUCCUGAUGAUAAACCAGAAAAGAACUGUGAUAAUACCACACAAGACAGUAGUCCUGAUGCUGACAAAGUGGUCAAUACAGAUAUUGAGUUCCCUCAUACAUCUGCACAGAAGUCUCAGUUGAACAUUCUUCAGCCAAUACAAGUUCAGUCUAAUUAUCAGCAUAAUAAUUUACUGGAUGACCCUGACCCCCUACAAGAAUUUAAAAUGCAGAAUAGGAUGGCAAAAAUCCCACAUUAUAGUCAAAAUAUUGAUACCCUUACCUUCAGAGAUUUCGAAAAUGAUACAUCUAGUCCCUUUGAUAAUGUAGAACUUAAAACUAUAAACGACAUGGAAUUGUUAGCUCAGGUACUACAGAGUCAAAGAGAUUCUUCAUCUAGUUGUCAAGCUCAAACAUUCAAUCAGGAUCAAGUUUAUCCAGGAUAUACUAGUUGUGCAACUCAGGCGCAAAUCGAGGGUAUUACAUAUUUACCCAGUGCAUAUGUAGACCAACAGAUUCAUGAUCCUAAUGUAAUAUAUUCUUCUCCGCAACAUUACCCAACAUCCAAUGGUUAUUAUGUACAAGCGGAAAAUGUCUGUGAUAAUAAUAUCCCUAUUGAAAAUGUUUAUGCACCUAAUUACCAGUAUUAUGUUCCUCCGCAGCCGUAUCCCGGAACUUAUUAUGGUACUCAAUUACCAACUUGUUCAGCCGAAUUACAAGGACCAAAUGGUUCGACAUUUAUACCUCAGCCAUACUAUUUUUCUUAUCCUCAAGGACCUUUGCCAUAUGUUGCUUCUCCAUUGAAUACCAACAUAGUCCCUGAAGUUAAAAAUCAGGAAGGAAAUCCAUCAGUAACAUCACAGAACACAGUCAAGUCUCGAUCAAGGAGUGUUCCCGAUAUUGUCAAAGAAUUAAAUGAGGAAUUAGUAUCAGCACGUCAAAGAGCCAAUGAACGUUCUUACAAUGCAAGCCCUGCCCCUACUAUUAUGCCUAGAUCUUCAUCGAGCAGUGAUAAACGAGAAGAAAGAAGAAAACGUAAAAUAGAGAAAUUACCAAAUCCAUAUGAAAAAUUACCAUUGCAUUUACAAAAUAUAUGCCAGAAAAUACACGGUAUGGGCUUUCCCCUUGACAGAGUUGCCAGGGUGUGUAGUCUUGUAGGCGAAAAUGAUAAAAAGGUGAUCGAGUGUCUCCUUAUUUUAGGGGAAUUAAUAGAUCUUGGGUUUUCUGAAGCAAGAGCAUCGGCAGCGCUUGUCAAACAUGAGUUCAACAAGGAUAAAGCCCUAGAUGAACUGGUUUCUUAACAAUUAAAAAGGGAAAUUAAUUUUAAACAACUGAAUAGAUCUAUAGUGAAGUGAAAGAGUUUAUAAUAUAUUAUGUAAAUUGAGAUUAUAAAUGUGUAUAAACCUGUAACCUCUGAUAGGUAUGUAUUUUAUGAAGAUACUAUUCUGCUAUCUGUAGAAAAUCUGUAAAUCUCUAAAUGUGUGCAUUUAUUGUAAAUUUGAGGAUAUGAAGAAGUUUUUCCAUUCUUGAAGAAUAUUGAGACUGUUCUACAUCAAUUUAAUCUAACCAUUGAAGUGUUCGUAAACUUAACAUGCAAAACAUAUUAUUCUUAAUUUCGAUUCUGAAAAUUUUCAGUCAAUUUUUAUUCCAAUUCAUUAGAAUAUGUGAAUACAAUAUAUACCUCCAUGACGCUACGAAAGUUGGAAAGGGACGAAGGUUUCAAUAUUCAAAUAAAACAUUGUAGUUGUUCAUUCAUUAAAAGAAACAAAUUAUUAUCAUUUUGUGUUAAAUUUUCAGUUAUGAGUUAAUUUUAUACAAAUUCUAUUGAAAUGGGCUACAUACUUAUUUAAAAAGUUAAUUUUAAAGUUCUAUGUUUUAGGUAGUAAAGCAUUAUGAUUGAUUUGAAAACAUAAGAAAAUUGAAAUAAAAUUAUAUAGUGUAUGGUAGCAAAUACAGAGUCUUAUUUUAGCCUCAGACCUACAGAUAAUGUAACAAAUAACAAAAUUAUUUCUAGAAGGAAUCUUUGUUUGGUUUUGUUAUUAUUAUAAUUGUUGUUUGUGCUCUGAACUUUAACCAAUUGGAAGCACUGCCAAAAACAAUAGGUAGUGUAGAGAAAUAGGUUUUAUAUAAAAAAGGUUUACGGAAUUAAUUUGUGAUGUGAAAUUGUGUGAAUUGUAAAUAAAAUCUAGAAAAAACCUUACAUGCCCUUAUUUUGUUGUUGUAUUCUUGCUAUUAAACAAUAGCAAGAAUAAAUCAUAUAUCCAAUAAAUAUAAAGAAAGUAGAAUUUAUUCUUUUAAAAAUUGCCGUGGCAGGAAGGGGGUGGUGUUGAUUGUGUUGAGGUUUAUCGUAGAUUUAAAUGUGACUGAAAUUUUAAAAUUCUUGGAUAAAUAAGUGCUAAGUAUGCGCGAAUUUUUAGUAAUAUCAAUAGGAUAAAGCAUUAGAUACGUAUUUUUUGUGCAAUUAUAGAAUUAAAAUAUUUGUUUAUGCACGAUUUUGCCAUGGCACUGUAUUUAAUUAUUUGCUUUCUUGCUUUGUUUGCCAACUUCCUUUUAUGAUUCAAGAUAAAGGUUCGGCUACCUGUAUUUAGCUUCGAAAGGUUUUAUCUAACGCAUAUAAACAAUAGUUUUGGUCAAUACUUCGAAUGAAUCGAAAAAUCAAAAAAAAAUGUAAAUUAAAUACCCAAUAGAUUAAAUUAAACGGGUUAAUGUUUUGCUGAAAUAUUCUUGGAUUCUAUUUUAAACAGUCAGAACAGUAAGUAGAUAUUUUUUUAGACUUGUCCGUUAAAAUAACACGGCGGUAGUUACGUUUUAACGCCACCACAGCAAAAAAAUGCAUCGUAUAAUGCGCCAAAAUAGGUUGGGUUAGGUUUUAUUUAUUUAAAAAAUAUAACCUAAUCUGCUUCGAGUGCGUUAAUACGUAAAUACCAACACAGCGAUCAUAUUAUUUUUUAUAUAAUAAAUUAGUUACGACUCGCCGAAUCACUAAUUACGAAUAACACGUACGAUUAUUUGCUAUUUACUCUUUUAUAAUCAAAUAAAUUAAAAAUAAUAAAUUGCUUGUGUAAAUGUAUAAAAAAGAGAUAUAUAUUAGCUAAAUUUAACUGCCAGACAAGAAUGAUAUAAUAUAUGUAUACGUAUUACGAAUUAUCUAUUUCUAUUUACUAAAAAUCCAAAGCUUUCAACAAAUUAAUGUUCUAAUAGUAUAGAUAUCGUGUUUUCAAACAUAUUGACGUUAUCGGUAAUUUGGAUUCGAUAUGUAAACUUUUUUAAAAUUAAUUAUUGUGUCGAAUACGUUCUAUAAAGGUUCCAUUAUAAAGUAUUAAAACGGCAAAUGGUUGUUAGUGAAAAACCCGAGAAUCAAUUGACUUCUGUAUAGCAAACUCGUUAAUUGAGGCGUGUAAAUCUUUCGAAGCUGUUUAUCUGCAUUACCAUACUAAUAUAUUGAAUAUCUUUAGUGUAAUUUGUAUAUAAGGUAAAAUUUGGGUAUAUUUUAAUUGUCCAUUACAGUUAUGCUUAUUUGGACUGUAACUAUAUAGUUAUGUAUUAAUAAGAUCUUUUAAUAUGUAAAGAAAUUACUAGAAUGAUAUAUAGUAGAGUUUAUACAUGUUUGUCCGUCUUAUUAAUAAAAAUUUCAUUUUUUGUCUCUUUAAGUCACUGUGUAGGUAAGUUUAUAGAGACAAUAAUGUUUAUAUUGUUUUUAAUAAUAAGGCUGCUUUUGAACAUGAUGUUGACUGUUAAGUAAUUUUGUUUGCUAUAAAUUAUGUAUUUGGAACAAUUAUAAUUAAAAAAAAUAUCAUAUGUCGCUUUACACUGAAAAUAUAUUUUAAUAAUAGUUUUAUCACCGAUACACGUAGGAUCAUGUCAUCUCGAAUCGUUAAACUAUGAUAUUUAAAAUUAAAAAAUGACUCGACACUUUAUGAAAUAUCCCCAUCCACAUACCUUGUAUCUAUUUUAAAUUAUAUGUUAGUACAAACAUUUUUUUAAUGACUAGUUUCAUAUAAAACCAUAAUUUAUUACUGUAAUUGUGAUAAGCUUUUGUUUACUGUAAUUAUUAUUGUUGGAAAUUAGUUCGACUAUAAACACAUAAUUUUUCGCUCUUAUUACUUCGUUAUGUAGGUAUCUACUAUAUAAAAUGGCAGAAUGAUACAAUAAGGAAUUGUCACUAAAUAUACCUAAUACCUAUAUUUUGCACAUGAGUUUAUAUAGGUAUGUAUUAAAUAAACCAAUGACACGUAAAUGUACUUAUUUAAAAAAAAAAAAAACCUUACAUUUUAUAUACUUAUUGCGUGUUCCUAUGGUCCAUUUCAUUAGAAUUUUGCGAAAUAUGAAUAAUAUAACGAUGAAAUAGGUAAUUUCUCUUUUUUUUUUUUAGUUUACCUUAUCUUAUUUUAUUAAUACACAAACUGUAUGAUUAUUCUCAUAAAUAUCAUAGGCGACUAAAACAUAUGGAUAGGCGAAAAUAUUCAAUACCGGAUUGAUUAAAUGUUUUAUUUCAUCAUUUGCCGAAUUAAGCUCUGAUGGAUUGAAUUAUAUAUUAUAAAUAGUUUUUAUUCAAAAAUAUAUUUAUGGUUCAACAUAGAAAGUUGUCUACAAACGUUACGGUUUUAAUUUAUUUUAGUUUAAUGGAAACUGUUAGUGAUUUUUCCGUGAUUGCUUGGGCGUGGGGCGUGAUUUUACAAUGUAUGGCUUCACAUAAAUGAAAAAUUGUAUGAAAAAUAAAAAA